GACUAUUACAAUGUACUAUUAUAAUUUUAAAAAAAAAUCUAACAAAAUGGCCAGGCUACCAGGCCAUAGUAUGGUCCAGGCCAUCUGGAAAAUUCCCAUUUCCAGACCGGCCACUCCGCCCCUGACUGUAACUGAUACAUUAUAGUCGAAAUAUUUAUGCGAGUAAAUAUUAUUUUUAAAUUAACGUUCUCAGUUCAAUAAGUGUUUAUAAAAAUGGCCAAUUUAUGUUUUAUAUGUGAUAAAGAACUAAGUGUUGAAAGUGAAUGUGUUUCUGUAAAAACUAAGGGCAUAGCAAAUCUUAUAAAUUCAAGUAAAGCGCGAUUCGAUAAUAAAUGGAAGUCAUUAGUGAAUUUAGAAAAUGUACUUGUUCACAAAGAUUGCCGAAAGAAUUACACAAGACCAGACACCAUAAGGAAAUGUGUUAAUGAAAAAGAAGGUACGAGUAAUAUAUCACCUGUCAAAGGUAAGCUACGUUCAAAUUAUAUAUUCAAAUUUAAAGAAAAUUGUUUAUUCUGCGACAACGAAUGUUCAAAAGAGUUAGAAAAAAAAUUGUGUAAGGAACGUCGAGAUACUAUAAUACAAAUAUCUACCCUUCAUUUUAAACAGUCAAUUAUUGACGUAGCGAACAAAAGAAAUGAUGAAUGGGGUAAAGAGGUGCUCAAACGGUUGAAUAGUGUGAUAUGUUUGGUAUCCGAAGAGUCGAAGUAUCAUAAAUCGUGUGAACGUAAAUUUUGCUCGACAAAUCCAGUCGAUGAAAAUAAGAAAAGAGGGAGACCACAAGAUGAAGAUUUAGCAAACGCGUUUUCCAAUUUAUGUGAUUUUUUGGAGUCAGAAAAUGAAUGUCAAUUUGGUCUACAUUUUUUGAAUGAAAAAAUGGAGGGAACGUGUGAUGAAAAAACUUUAAAAAAUAAAUUGAUAAAUAAGUAUGGUGACGAUAUAAUUAUUACAAAGAGCCAUGGAAGAAAGUCAGUAGUGAGUUUUAAAAAUACAGGAUUUAAAGUAUUAACAAAUGCGUGGUAUGAUUCAAAAAAAGAAAAUGAAGAAGAAGAACGGUUGAGAAUAGUCGAAGCAGCUGCUACUAUAAUACGAGAGGAUAUAAGGUCAUUUGUUUAUGAGACCGAUUCAUUUCCUCCACCAAAUCAAUUUAUGGAUGAUGUAAAAGAAGAUAUACCAAAGACCUUAUUAUUUUUUUUGUCUGAAGUUUGUGGUAAAAAUAAAAAAACAAAAUCUCAAAAAUAUGAUAAUAAAUUUGUGGCUUUGGCGCAUGCUAUAAUAAAUUGUUGUAGGCCUCGCUCGUUCAUUUCACCAAUUUUACUGGGACUUGGUCUUUAUUUGCACAGACAUUUUGGUACAAAACGUGCUAUAGAUAUAUUUUCAAACUUUGGAUUUUGUGCUUCAUAUACCGAUGUUUAUGUUUUUGAGACAUCAUCUUUACUAUACCCACAACCCAAAGUUGACCGAAACAGUUUUUCACAAUUUGUUUUUGAUAACGCCGAUUUCAAUAUUAAUACGAUUGAUGGUUAUAAUACUUUUCAUACAAUGGGUGGAAUUCAAUGUGUAGUGCCCAAAAAUGCUAUACAGUGGAAUGAACGUAUACAAAAAUUAAAAACUGUUGUUACUGCAGAAACUAUGGGCAAUAUUGCAUCAAUUCCAAUUAUUUCAUAUGAAAAAACGGGUAAUAUGGAGAACAAAAUAAUAAUACAAGAUUUUAACAUUAUUAGGCCUACUGUUUAUAAUAUGACAUAUGUGUCCCCAAGCGAAUUGCACUGGAUGUGUGCACAGUGGCUGGGUGUUAUAAAAUGUCCUGGUUGGAAUGGAUUUAUGGAAACUCUAACUGACUCUCGGGAAUAUCAAGAAACGCAAAUAAGUUUUUUGCCAUUUGUAAACUUACCACCAAGCUCACCCGAUUGUAUUCAUUCGGUUUUGAUUUUCGCAGCUCAAGAAUGUAAAAAAUUAAACCAAAGAACGUGUUUUGUUACUUUUGACCAACCCUUAUACAUAAAAGCACGAAAUAUUGUUGAAUCCUCUAAAUUAAAUCCACAAAUAGUAGUAAGACUUGGCGGGUUUCAUCUUCUUAUGUCAUUUAUGGGUUCAAUUGGUUAUAUUAUGGCUGGUAGUGGUUUGAGAGAAUUAUGGAACACUAUAUAUGCAGCCAAUUCAAUUGAUAAAAUGAUGACAGGACAUGCAUAUUCAAGAGCAGUACGUGCACAUAUGUUAACUCAGCUUUGUCUUUCAAAAAUAAUUUUGGACGAAAUUGAAUUAACUGAAGAAUAUAAAAUCACUUUAAAAAAUUAUAUUUCAAGUACAGAUUAUACAACGUCGACUUUGGAAGAUAUAGAAAACCACGAAAUAAUUCAAGAUCUCAUACGUAAAGUAGAAAAUCAAAUAAAAAUAAUUGCUUCUAGAGGUAAAACUGCUACGCUUUGGAUACAAUAUUUUUAUUUAGUCCAUAUUUGUCGUCAGUUUAUUUAUGCUGAACGCAUCGGGAAUUGGUAUCUGCAUUUAGAAUGCGUGGAAAAAAUGAUACCCUUUUUUCACUCAACUGGACAUUUUCAAUACGCCAAAUCUGCUCAUUUAUAUCUACAAGAUAUGUAUCAAUUAGAAAAACAUAUGCAUCUUGAAGAAUUUCAAAAAUUUUGUAAUGAAGGUUACUUCACAAUUAAAAGAUCGAGCAAGUUUUGGUGUGGCACAUGGUCAGAUAUGACUAUAGAACAAACAUUGAUGCGGUCUAUGAAAACAUCUGGUGGCUUAACCAAUGGUCGAGGUUUUCAAAACAGUGUUUUAGUUCGUUGGCUUAUAGGCACUCCAGUUGCAAGUACAAUAACCGACCAAAUUGAACAAUUUACAAAUACGUUUCAUUUUACGUCAGAGCAACAUGUUGAUCAACGCGAUUCUCGCAUAAAAAUCGAUAACAAACAUAUCGGUAUACUUUCAAAUUGGUUAAACAUACAUAACCCUUUUCCGGAAUUACACGAAAUUAUGUCUAUUUCAACAGGAGUUGUAGGGAAUGAACAAAUUAAUUGUUAUCAAGCACAAGAAGUGGGCCAACAGACGAUGAAAAAUGUUAUAGGUGAUAAUUUUAGUGAUAUCAAGUUACAACGAGCAAAUCGCGUAGUCUCUUUAGAUUUUGCAAGAAAACUAACGGUUUGUAUUAGAGAUGAAAUUUUAUCAAUCGACCCUUUGUUACUCUUCCAAAGAAUAAUGAUAAGAGUUAAGACUGAAGAAGAGCUUAAAGAAUGUUUUGAAUACGAAUUAUCACCUAUUCCACUUUCAUUGUUCGACGAAUCAGGUCAAAUGCGGAAAACAAAAAAAUCGAUUUUAUAUGAUGUGUUUCUAACUACAACAAACACAUAUAAUGUUCUGGACAAAAAUGUUGUUGUAGUAAUCGAUGGAGGUUUCUUAUUGCAUCGCGUUGUAUGGCCAUCAACUUCGACGUAUGGCAAUAUCAUAGGAAAUUAUGUAAACUACGUGAAAAGACACUAUGGAUCUAAUUGCGUAGUUGUCUUUGAUGGAUACGCAAAUACCGAACUAAAUAUUAAAAAUUCAGAGAGGCAGCGACGAAAAAAUAUGUAUACGAGUACAAACAUAAUUUUUGAAGAGUCGAUGGAUGUACUAACUACCCAAGAAAAAUUUUUAUCCAAUACUGAGAAUAAAAUGAGGCUUAUCACAAUGUUGACCGAAAAGUUUUUAACUUCGGGCAUUCUUGUUCGCCAAGCCGAAGAUGAUGCAGAUUUACUUAUUGUCAAUACAGCUAUACGAAACACCGACGAUAAUAUACAAGUAGUGGUCAUAGGUGAGGAUAUUGACUUACUUAUACUGCUAUUAACAUUAAGUCCUCCAAAAAACACGAUAAUAUUUGAAAAACCGGGUAGAGGAAAAAUAGAAACAAGAUCUUAUGCUGUUGGAAGUCUACAAGAACAUUUUAAAAAUGAGAUUAAAUAUUUUAUGUUUAUCCAUGCGAUUGGUGGAUGUGAUACUACUUCGGCAUUAUUUCAACAAGGUAAAAUAAAACACCUGAAAACAGUUAAAAAACACCAGGAAUUACACGAUGCAUUAUUAAUAUUUAAUAAUGAAUCUUCAUCGCCGGAAGAAAUUGAACGUGCCGGAGAAAAAUAUCUUUUAGCAUUAUAUAAAGCUCCAGCCCACAUUACGUCUUUGAAUAAAUUAAGACAUGAUGUUUUUCAAAAAACCGCAGCAUCUAACAAAAAACAAGUUCAACUAGCUAGACUUCCACCUACUAUCGAUGCGGCAAGAGAACAUUUACAUCGAGUUUAUUUGCAAAUACAGUUGUGGCGUGGCAAUAAAUUAGAAUUUAGAUCCACAGAAUUGGGGCUGGAAAGAAUAUAAUGGUAAACUAAAUCCAGUUUUCACGAAAAAGUCACCAGCACCGGAUACUCUUUUGAAUGUGAUUAGUUGUGCCUGCACAAAAACAUGUGAACAAAAUUGUAGCUGUCGAAAAGCAGGAUUGCUAUGUUCAGUUAUAUGCAAGCAUUGUCAAGGAGGUUCGUGUUUAAAUCAGCAACCGAUCAUAGAUGAUGAAGAAGAGGACAAUUUUGAGGACUAUAUUGACGAAAUAAAUCUAAUUGAAAAUCAAAAAGAAGAAACCAACACACCGGCAAUAAAAAAAAUUCGACCCACAUAAUUCAAUUAAUAAGAACCUACAACCCCAUUACACCGUUCCAGGACCUACACCAUUUUUUAAAUUUAAUUUCAUAACUUAAAUUAUUCUGAAAAAAUAAAAUUAAAUAAUUUUCAAUUUAUGUAUUUAUUUUAAAAAUGAUUGUAAUUAACAGUUAUUUCAUAAUUCAAUUUUUCUUUAUAUUUCACUUUUAUAAAUAUGUAUGUCAAAUAAAAUAAUGUAUUCUUAUUGUAAA